CCUGGAAGCCAGCAGAGUUGCAGCCAGGCGUGAAAUUGGUUUAGUGACAGAAAGUAGAGUACCAGCGGCACCAGCCAAGCAGGUUAAUUCUUCGAUUGUGUUUCACUGGCAGGAGGAGGAGGAGGAGAAGCCAUGUCUUCUUCCCAAACGGGAAAGCUGAUGCCGAAUCUGGACGAGCGGAGCACCAAGGUUCUCAAUCUCACCGUUCUUCAGAGAAUUGAUCCCUACAUUGAGGAGAUCUUGAUCACCGCCGCUCACGUCACCUUCUACGAGUUCAAUGUCGAGAUCAACCAGUGGAGCCGUAAGGAUGUUGAAGGGUCUUUGUUUGUGGUUAAGAGGAAUACCCAGCCAAGGUUCCAGUUUGUUGUAAUGAAUCGCCGGAAUACAGAGAAUCUGGUGGAAGAUCUCUUGGGAGAUUUUGAAUUUGAAAUUCAGGUUCCAUAUCUAUUAUAUCGUAAUGCAGCUCAAGAAGUGAAUGGUAUCUGGUUUUACAAUUCACGUGAGUGUGAAGAGGUUGGAAAUCUAUUUAGUAGGAUUCUUAGUGCAUAUUCAAAGGUUUCUCCGAAGCCAAAGCUAAGUUCAACCAAAAGUGAGUAUGAAGAACUUGAGGCAGUACCAACUAGUGCAGUGAUUGAGGGGCCACUGGAGCCAUCAUUUACUGUGCCCACUCAUACUGAUGUUGCUGAAGACAACUUUUUGAAUUUCUUUGAUGCAGCCACAGGUUUAGGCGCCAACUCUUCUAAGUCCCCAAAUACUAGGCCAACGUACUAUGCUUCUCCUCAAACCUCAGCUUCGACCUCACGUUUACCUGGCUCCAUACCACAUGUCCCAACACUUCCUCCACAAUCAGCUCCUUCAGUUUUGUCUCUCCAGGAUGGUACUGACCCAAUGAACAAAACCAAUCAGGUUGCCGGUCUUCUCAAGCCCAAUUUCUUUACACCUCCCUCAAUGUCACCUGUACUACCAGUGAACCAUAUUCCGUCCUCUAUCCCAGCAACACCUGCACUUAAUCCUUCUCGCUUGAAUCUGCAGCAACGCCCACACGGUUCUCCAAUGCUUCAACCCUUCCCCCCUCCCACACCACCACUCUCUUUCACUUCUAAUCCUCCUCCUCCUCCUACUAAUGUGACACUAAACAGAGAAAAAGUUCGAGAUGCACUUCUAAUGCUGGUUCAGGACAAUCAGUUUAUCGACUUGGUCUACCAAGCACUGUCAAAAGUGCACCAAUCAUGAGCCUGUUAAUGAACGAGGCACACACAAGGUGGGCGGGAGAAUACAUAUGAUUUUAUGCCGAGCGUUAUUUGAAGGUUUCUCUUUGGCCUUCUCCGUGGACCUGAGAAUACAUAAUCACCUUAGUUUCAUGUAUUUUAUCGUACAGUGAAUGUUGGUGUGACGUUGUAUAUGAUUUGGCGUGCAUUGUCCUCAACCUUUACUCUUUGGGCAUUACAGAAUGCGAUCAAUGGUAUGGUUGUGUGGGGUCUAUUUUCUCAUUGGAAAAAGAAGCAUUUCGUGGGUGCGUGUGUGUGUGAGAAACUGCUUGUAUUAUUUUUAUGAUGUGUUUGAUAGUAGUAUUUGUCCAAGAACAAUGUAUUCUUUUAAAGUUUAAAAGCAAAUUGACGACACGGAUUGAGAUGUUGGUUUUUCUUUUGUUUUUCUCUUGAAUAAUUGCUAAGCGUGUCU